AUGUUCCGUGCAUGGAGCCGAAUCUUCAGGCCGCUGGGUAGGGCAGCAUCUACGACCGCCGAGGCCGCUCAGGUUGUCGAGAAGCCACGUGAGGCGGCGGCAGAGCGCUUGAAUCGCACAGCGAAUCGCCACGACCGCUCCUACCGGGCCAUUUGUCCUUUCACCGUGCGUCGGACUUCCUCGGACAACUUGCCCGUAUACGUCGUCAAGCGAAAGAAUCGAUCGGAGGACGUCACAAUCGUCCGAAAAGUUCGUGGGGAUCCGGAAGCUCUGAAGCGGGAGCUCGAGUUCCUCUGCCGAACGAAAGUCAGCUACGGAAAAAGUGGAUUCCUGCAGCUCGUCGGCAACCAUCGCCGAGCGAUCAAAGAGUACCUCAAAAGCAUCGGCUACUGA